AACGCUCGCUUCGGAGCACUUUGAUGACAUCAUCGGAGCGCGACGGCAGCGCUGCGUCUAUCCGCAUUUUGAUAAAGUUUCUUUUAAACUGGAUUUAUCCUUCACCAACACAUCUAAUGCAAGAUGACUUUGCAGUGGACUGCAGUUGCCUCUUUCCUCUACGCUGAGAUUGCUGUUCUCAUCAUCUUCUGUCUGCCUUUUAUUGCUGCUCAAAGAUGGCAGCGUAUUUUCAAUUGGAACAUCUGGAACCGUCUUUCCCAGUUCUGGAACAAAGGAUUUCUCACCAUGAUAAUUAUCCUCAUUGUUCUUUUUCUUGAUGCCCUGCGAGAAGUGAAGAAGUAUUCUAGUGCUGACCAGACCAAAGAGGCCAAACUCCAACCAAACAUGUAUGAUCACAUGCACAUGAAGCUCUUCCGAGCCCAGAGGAACCUUUACAUCUCGGGGUUCUCACUUUUCCUGUGGCUCGUCUUGAGGCGAGUUAUAACUCUUAUUAACCAGCUGGCCACGGCGGUGAGCACCAGCGCCGCCCUACAGAUUCAAGUUGAAAGUGCAAACCAGGCUGCCAAGAAAUACAUGGAGGAUAAUGAGCUGCUCAAACAGGCACUUGCAGAUGACAAAGGAGAAGCAGGAGGGAAGAAAGAAGACUCAGAGGAGACAAAAGUCCUGAAGACAGAGGUGAAGAGUCUGACAGAACAGCUCCAGAGGACCACAGAUGCCCUAACGAAAUCAAGGUCAGAUUCAGAUGCCACGAGAAAGCAAACUGAAGGACUUACCAAAGAAUAUGACCGCCUGCUUCAAGAACACCAGGAGCUUCAGAAUCAGCUGGACAGCGGAGACAAAAAAGACAACUAGACCACACAGUUUCUCGGCUGUGUCCCACACUAGCAUGCAAUGAAAACAGGUUGUCAUGAGUUCAUUCGUGAGUUCUCAGGUCUGAAGCCUUCACGACAUCACUUCCUGUCCGGUUACCUGCUUGCCACACAUUUGAAGUAGCAGUUUUUCUGUAUGUUUUUUUUCUUUGGUUCUGGCGAUGCAGAGCUGUAUUUUGAGAUGAGCUGACUGGUCAAGCAUGUAAACAUGACUGUGAAUCCAGCAGCUGCUCAGAGUGAAUGUAGGUCGUGUUAUCGAUGCUUUUAGGUUAUUGAGCGAUGCUUGCACUGUAUUGGUAUACCUUCUGUCCUUCCUUCCUUCUUUGAACGACUCCUUGGCAAAACAAACCUGGUGUGAACGUUGAAAUACUUCACACAAACAAACACGAGUCAGAGUAGCACUUGGGUAGCUGUGUCAAUCCAUGUUUUACCAUACUUUUAUAUAUAUUUCGUCAAAUAAAUCCCUCCUUUCAUUUUCCAAAGAUGUACACGUCUGUUGUUGUAAUCCAUCAGGAAGUGUAUCUAAGAUCACAUACAAGCUACAUUGGUCAUUUCAGCAAUUUUAAUUGAGGAAAGCUGUAUAUACAGAUAAAACAACGCGUAGCAGGUAAACACAUCACAUUGAGACUCUUGUGAGCCCAUCAACAAUGACAGCAAGUUAUUGUGUUUGUUCUUGAAUCUGCAGAGGUAGUUACAUCACACCUGAGCUCAAAAGACUGUUAAACAAAUGCUGACACCAGAUCUCUCCAAUAUGGUGAUAUUUAUUAAACACGCGAGGAUAGACAGUUUCCUAUUGAAGUUCAUUUGAGGUAGCUCUAUUUCUGUGCUAUUGAUCCGUAAACUCCACGGGUCAAAACUCGUCUGGGAAACACGUCUAUGUCAUAUUUCACCCCAAAUCAACAAACAUAACAUCCAUAUUACAGGAAUAGUUAUUGUGUAAAUAACAAAUUGUGGUACUCGUGAAAAAUCACACUGGUUCGUUAAAAUAGAAAACAUCUUUUCUUACUGUUUUUCUUUUGAUUUGGGGUGUAUGUGACCUGGACAUGUUUUCCCGACCUCCACGCUGUUGCUGGUAAGGAUAUUUUUAUUGGCCUGAAAGACAUGAUAAAAAAUAUGAAUUUGCCAUAACCUUGCUAUGUGGCCGUCUGCAGCGUGUCAAUACGCUGAUCUAUUUAUGACGCUUCCAUGCCCACUUGCAGACGGCAUGAUAGUGUCCUCCUAUCCUGAUUUCAUAUCUGCACUUAACAGACAGAAGAGAUGGAAAAUGAUGAAAUGUGUAUAUGUGCUAUGCAACUCUGUAAAAAAUAGUUCGCUUUGAAAUAUUCUGAAAUGUCUUAAAAUAACAAAGGGGGAAUGUUUAUGUCUUUAUCAAUAUGAUCAAUAAGAUUUUAAUGGGUGCAAAACGCUCCGUCUAAGUGCCUCAGGUGAGCGGCGAGUGUUUACGGUUUGCUGUGAUUGUAUUCGCAUCAUUUCUCACUGUCUUCACAAUUAAAUUGAAAAAUUGUACUGUU